AUGGCAGUUCCGCGGAACAGGAAGCGCGGCCAGGACGCGCCAAUCCCUGUUCCCGAACCACCUCGACAGCGAGAGCUUCCCAUGCCCCACCUCCCGAAAGAUUGGGAAUCUAAUGAGAUCGUGCGGCGCCGCAUACUCUGGGAUGGGCGAUUGUUGGCUUGGCCGAAAGCCGAACUAAUAGGUGUCGCAUCUUACAAGGCGGCGUCACUCAAUGGAGAAGUGCUCACCAUCUUUUUCAAUGCUUGGGUGGCCGAAUGUGAUGCUCCUAAGUCACCGGGAGUGCCACUCAUGAAAGAGCAGGCCAGAGCACUCCAAUGUCUGUUGCUGCCCAUGUUUGAGGUGCUGAGGCUGUGCAAGCUGUGCGGGAAGGACGACCCCGUCGUCCGAAGCCUCAAGCACAUUUUGCUCGCGAAGUGGUUUCCGGAGCGUCUCCAUGAGUUGGACGACCCACCCGUCGCCGAGGAGGAACAGGAUGAUGAUGAUGAUCUCGAGUUUCCGCUGGCAGACUUGCCUGAGGACGACGAGGAGGGAGAGUUGGAUGGGGACGACGGCGAGGCAAAUGAGGAAGGGAAGGAUUGUGAGGACACGAGUGAGCAGGAUCAGGAGGAGGGGGUUCAAGAAGAGCUUGCCCAAGAUGUAAAGGAGAGGCUUGAGGAACAGCGGGUUCAGGAAGAGCCCAACAAGGCUCAGGAAGAGAAGCCCAGAGCCCCUUGCAAGGUUCCUUCGUUUGAGAUUUUUGCACCAGUCGAGGUUAACUCCUCGGAGGAUGAAGCCCCGGCACCCACACCCACGUUGAAUCCUUGUGCUUCCGAGCGCAAGCAGAAGCUCAAGGAACUUCAAGCCAGAUUGAAGGAAUUGAAGCAGCAGCAGGCAGCGGCGCAGAAGGUACGAUCCAGCACGGCAGCUUCCUUUGCUGCAAAGUGUCGUGCAGACACCCUUGCCUAUGAUGCCGGGGCUGCACUGGAAGCAUGGGCCCCCCAUGCUGCUGUGUUGACAGUAGCUGACUCACAAGACCCCGAAGCCACGGACCCCGUCCCCAACCGCAGCGACGCCCCAUCCGAGCCAUCACCAACCUUGAACCGACAGCCGCCAAAGCCGAGAGAUCUGAUCAGUGCUGAUAUCGAACAAACCGAUCAAAAAGCACAAGCCCCGAUGAACGGUGAUUGCUCGGCCCAGCCACCCGACGAGAACGCAAGCAAGUCCAGAAAACCCGAAGCCGAGCCGAUUGCUUCUGCUGAGUCCGGCCAAGAGGCAGAUGUCCCACGUGGCAGCAAUGCUACGCCUGAGCCAGCCCCAAAGUCCCGUGGUGUUCCCAUGCUUCGUAGCACCCAAAGCCGUGCAGACUUCUAUGAGGCAAAGGCAGGAGGAUUGCGGGGCUUUUGA